AGAAACGUGUAUAUUUAAAAAGGUUUAGAUGAUAGCGUUUAGUAUAUUCAGUGCAAUUUGAAACAGUACAGAGAAAAAUAUAAAUGAGACGUAAUAACCUGAGAUUGGAAUGCUAGAGCUUUUAUAAGAUAUGUGAUUACCAACACUUUAUGAUAUCAAUUAGGAACUAAGUAGCAGAGUUUUUUCAAAGACUCACAUAAAGUUGGAAAUGAAGAACAAGCAUGAGGAUCUGGGAAGUUUCAUAAACAUGUCAAAAAAUUAUUAGAAGCAAAUGAUGAAUCAAGCUGCAGAAUAUUUUCAUGAGAACAUGAAAGUUAUAUAAAAAAAUUUAUAGGAAUGCGACAUGAAAUGUAUUGUGGGCAAAUUACAAAAUGGCACAAAUUGAAAUA